CUCGAUCCUAUUCUAUUCUAUCCUAUCCUAUCGAGAAAUCUUAACCUAGUCCCCUAAAUGUUUGCAAGUCCCGGUCGUCAUACCAAAUAAUAAAAACGUAUCAAUCAGUCAUCAUAAUCUCGUCUAUAAACAUAAACCCCAUCAUGGCCGCCGACGAUAGCCCCACGAAGCAAGGCUUGGGUCGGCCGCAGCUAUCUUCAAUGAGAACUAGUUCCUAUCUUAAAGAACACCAGCAGUACCGACCUCCCAAGCAUGCGGAUAGUCAUUUCGGUAUAGAUACCGUCGUUGAAGACUUGCAAAGCCAUAGAAUCUCCCCUCCCAAGACCUUCAGCCCUUUCAACGGCGUGCCCUCCAAAGAUGAGCCGCCGCGUAUCGUUGAAGGCGCUAGCCACGAUUUUACUCACCCAAACUGCGCUCCUCCAAGAGGCACCAAGAUAGAUCGACUUGUUGCUACCUUGAUCUACAAGUCUACCUCGUCCCAUUCCACUGUCCCGUCUCCGAGACUCGCCUCGUCCAGCUCCGAUAUCCCCGCAAACCUUGCACCAACUACCAACAUCGAGUCUUUUCCACUGGAACCUCCCGCCGCCGAGCCCGAGCCUCUCGAUCAUCUUUACGGUUCCUACAUAUCCCCGCUAUGCAUCACCUCUUUUCUUCACCUGAUGUCGACUCUCCCCUUGCCUCAAGGCGUUAGUGAGGCUACUUCUUCUCACCGUUGUCUCGACGAUCCGGACCAUCCUCUCGUUGUCGAGUUAACUUUGUCGCCGGCGCCGUGCCCGACAUAUCUUUCGUUGGCGGAUCUGAGGAAGCACGAGCUUAUUUACCGAUUCGAGAGGGAGUGGAACGUCGAUGUUGUGUUGCAACAUGAUACCCUUUGGCGGCGAUAUCCGCGUCUGGUUGUUUUCGACAUGGACAGCACAUUGAUUACGCAGGAGGUCAUCGACCUACUGGCUGCGACCAUCACAGACCCUCCAGAUCUGGCCGCUAAAGUUGCUGACAUCACUAGCCGGGCUAUGCAUGGGGAGCUGGAAUUUGACGCCGCAUUCCGGGAACGAGUCGCUCUGCUCAAGGGACUUCCGGCCACGAUAUUUGAGCAGCUGCGGCCCGUACUCAAUGUCACGAAGGGAGUUCCCGAGUUAUUGAGGGCGUUCAAGCGAUUGGGCGUCAAGACGGCUGUGCUGUCUGGUGGCUUUCUCCCAUUGACUAGUUGGCUAGCUAGCGAGCUUGGAAUCGACCACGCACAUGCAAAUGAGGUUGUUAUUGAUGACUCGGGGCACCUGACCGGCGAAGUAAAAGGGCGCAUUGUAGGUAGAGAACGGAAACAGGAGCUCCUGCUUGAAAUUGCUAAAAAAGAAGGAGCCGCAUUGGAGCAAGUCGUAGCGGUCGGCGAUGGUGCUAAUGAUUUGUUGAUGCUCGACACGGCCGGCCUAGGCGUGGCGUGGAACGCGAAACCGAGGGUCCAGCUGGAGGCCAAUGCUCGUCUUAACGGGGAAAGCUUAGUCGACUUGCUUUACCUAUUUGGACUUACUAGCGAAGAGGUGGAAUUACUAACCGCGUAGGCCUACAAGAUAGGUACGUUCAUUAUAUAACUACUUAGGUACUCUUCUAUUUCGUAUGCGUAUAUAGAUUUGGCCUGGCUUAAUGCCACCUGGAAAAGAAAAAGAAAAAAAAAGCGUGGGAAAUUCGGAGAGAAGGGCAUAGAGAAUAUCCCAUUUCAUCAGAAAAUUCAUCACGAUGGGGAGAAGCCCAGAAAAAUAUCAAUUUGGAUGUCCCACGGGCCACGGCCUUGGACAGGAAUAAGUUAUCGUUUGUAGGAGCGAUGUAGGUGUUCCUAUUAUCACAUUGGUUGAUCCUGAGUCUAGUUAACCAGAGAAUGUCGG